AUGAGAGAUGGUGAGGAUUUAAUGAUGAAACCCUCGCAAGGAGGACGAACAGGACAGGAUACUUCUAAAUAUCAGAAAGGUAAAGAGUUUAUCGAUGAGUUAGAAACUGAACUAAAUAAGAAAACUGGUAAGGGUAAUAAUGAUGACAAUGACAAGGCCAUUGUUAACCGAACUCCCCAGCAAGAGCAGGAUUUAAAGGACAAAAAGAGGAAGUUAGCAGAAUUAGAGAACCAACAGCAAAGCGGAGGAAGCGGAGACCCCAAGAAAACUAACUGA